GCUCACCCUUUACUUUUAGUUCACAUAAACCGGCCUGGCAGGGACUGCUAAUCAGGAAAAUUUGAGCAGCUUUUCACAUCUUACGCAGACCUAUCAAUUCCCGAUCUGACGCUACGCAAAACAGGAACAUUCACGGAAUUAUCUUAUCAUUCAAGUUCCAACUGAACUUGAACUUCAAAAUGAAGCUCGAAUGUUGACGUUGCGGUUGCCUUGGCUUGCCUACCGACGCACAAAACGGGACGCUCGUUAGGCGAAUGCCGGUUUCGUCCUUGAAGAUCUGCCCUAACCUUAAGAUUGGCUACUUGUAGCUCUGCAUGCUUGCUGUAGCGCAUCGGAGUGUCCCUACAGAAAGUCAACAGCCCAAUCGAACUACUUCACUCGAAACACCGCACAUUACGGUUCCCGUGUCUAUUAUCCGCUCCUCAUGGAUGCAGCUAAUGCCUUUGAAUGGGAGUUGUCAAAAGAGAACGUUUCCCGCUUACAUGGAGGGAGAUCAGUUGCUUUACUCAAUAAAGUCCUUUCUUCUCUCCAUACUGAAGACUUUCAACGUACACAAAAUCACUUGAAACGGCAUUUCGAACUGAAUCUCAACAAUCUUCCUAACUCGUUUGUGAAGUUACGCCUCUACCUUCGCUACAUACACUGGAUUGAGCAAACUAAUCCAAGUAUGCACCGUUCCACCGACUUUGAGACCCUACUGUUUCGGUGUGUUCGCGACUGUGGACAGCUCCCCAACGUUAAGAACGAUGAAGACUUUGUCGCUGUAUGGAUACGCCUGACGGAGUAUUGCGAUCAACCAGGCGAGUUGUUUGAGCUACUAUUCCGCCAAGGUGUGGGCACGAUGUGUACAAAAUUUUACGAGGCUUGGGCGAAUUGGCUCUGUUCGCACUCGCAAUUCGCUCGUGCCGCCUCCGUGUACGCCCAUGGGUUACGCGCCGGAGCACAGUCGCUGAUUCACUUGGAGGAUCAUGCAGAAAUGUUUGUCGCCCGGCUACGCGCACACAUAACCGCAGACCAUAGUAGAGAACAUGGUGUGGAUUUCAACGCCUCAUCCGACGCAUCGGUCAACCUUUCUUCGACAAGACAAACUUUGGCCGCCCUCUCCUUGGUACAACGGGAAUCUGACCCGGACAGCACUGAUCCCAAAGUGCCCGUUGUUCGAACGAGUCAUGUGUGGCACACCGACCAGUCCGGAUUACGCACAUCGAAAAACAUCUCCGUUUCCAACCAAAACUCUCGCGCACUCCCGCGAGUAAAUCUCAAGCCAGUCUCCAAGACAGCGGAAGUGGAAAACGAUGCGGCGGUACCGCUAUACACUUUACCCGCGGCAUCCGAACGCACGAGUGCAGAUGCUUCAGGAGAUUCUGAGCCGCUCUUUCGUCCAUUGGGACACCCCACUGCUUGGCAGAAGGAAAAUGUACCAAAAGCGACGACAUGGACUAGUCAACGACUUACCAGUUCUGGUGUGUCAUCAGCGCCUCCCAGGAGUCAACCCGAGUGGCGCGUCUACUCAGAGAAGACCAACGCAAAUGAACCUACUGACGGACCUCUCGGCGAUCGCAAUCGUCUUUCGAAUGGGAAACCGGCUACUUCAUCCGUGGGUAAACGCAAAGGUUUGGUCGUUUUGCGAGAUGCACCGCAGCAGUCUUCGCUGGUUCCUUCAACCCUGUCGUCGCUACGCUUGCCCACAUUCAUCCAUUUCCUAGAUGCACCUAAACCCAUCUGCGCAGACGGUGUGGAUUCGUCUGAACGUCUCGCUCUUUUGCAACGAGUGGAUCUUCCUUCUCUUCCAGUGGACCACUUGCCGAAUGAUGCGGAAUUUAGUUUCCCCCUAAACCUCAUCUAUGGCGGUGCGGAGGAGAUGUGUUGGGAAAUGCACCGCGGCACAAGAUGGAUUUCGGAUUUCGGCGAUUCUGCAUGCGUAGACACACCAGCGCAUCGUGGUCUGUGGGACACCGAGUCUGAAGCAAUUUUGGACGAGAUCGCAACCAUCUUACGUUGCCCAGAUGCGCCCAAGUUUGGCCGUCCGGAGGAUAUCUCUAUCGCUGUUACCGGAUCUAGUCGCGCAAUGUUGAUCAAAGAACUGGACCAAAUUGCCUCUGGCAAAAUGCCAACACAGAAACCCAACUAG